CAAAAAUAUCACAUCUUUUCUUUUCCCCUUGCUCACUCCAACAAACAAACAAUUCCCAGAAGCUCCGAAACAACCAAACCUCUCUCUCUCUCUUUCAGAUUCUCUCCACUCUUCGUCUCUCAUGGCGUCACCGAAUCAGGAAGCAAUCAACACUUUCAUCAGCAUCACCGGCGCUUCUGGCGCCGUCGCGCUUCAGAAACUCGAGGAGCAUCGUGGUGAUCUUAAUCAAGCUAUUAAUGCAUAUUUCGGCGAGGGAGAUCGAAAUGCAGUACGUGAAGCACCAGUGAAUGUUACUCAAGACGAUGAUGCAAUGGAUAUAGAUGAUGUGAUUCCGGCUCCCCAAUCUCCGCUAUCUCUUCUCAAUGCAGCUAGAAGAGCGGCUCCUCCCUUUUCGCUUCUGGAUUCAGACUUUGCUAGAAGUAUAUUUGAUAGGGAUCCGCUCAUGCCACGCCCUCCUUCGUUUGUUAGUCAUCCCAGAGAGGUUAGGCAGAUACCCAUAGAGGUUAAGGAUAGCACUGGGCCAUCAGAACGAUCUCGAGAUGCUCCUACUAUUGAGGAUGUCACAGAAACAGCACAUGUUAUUGGCCCAGCUACCCAAGGGACGGUUAUUAUAGAUGAAGAAGAGAGUGAUGAUGAUGUUCCUUUUGCACCAACGAGGAGAAGUAGGCAUGUUAUACCUUCUGGUCCUGCACCCAAUAAUAUUCAAGAUUACAAUGAUGUAGAAGAAGAGAUGUUCCGAGCUGCCAUUGAGGCCUCAAAGAUGGAGGCCGAGGGGUUAAGCAAUCCUACACCUGCAGAGAGGCCGUCUCACAUAGGAGAUGAUGAUGACAUAGCAAAAGCUGUUACAAUGUCACUGAAGUCAGCGGAGGAAGAAGCUUUGCGCAAUCAAGGGUUUAAGGCAUCAACCUCAGAAAUAGGAACUUCUGAAACUGCUCCUACUCAAGGACUUGAAGAUACCCAAGCCCUGAACGGAAGACUGGCAGCACCUAGCUCACCCUUGGACGAUGACUCUGAUGAUGUUGAUGAUGAGCCUCUUUAUAGACACAGGCCGGGUCGUGUGGCAUCUGAAUCUCUGGCCCAACCUGACGCUGACCGUUCCCGUAGUCGGAGUCCUGACGGAAAUAAUCCAGUGGAUACUGGCAGUAGGUUUCCUUCUGAGUGGGGAGGCAUCUCGUCUGAGGAACAUGAUGAAGCUGUCAUGCUCGAGGCAGCCAUGUUUGGUGGCAUUCCGGAAACUGAAUAUAACCAUCUUCGAUUCUUACCUCCUCAGCAUAGGGCACCGCCACGUCCGCCCUCGCCUUCAUUGACAGCUCAGAGGUUGAUACGUGAACAGCAGGAUGAUGAGUAUCUUGCAUCCCUGCAAGCUGACCGAGACAGAGAACUCCAGUCCAUUAGAGAUGCUGAGGCACGUCAAAUAGAGGAAGAAGCAGCUAGAAAGGCUUUUCUGGAGGAAGAAAAGAAAAAAUCGGAAGAAGCUCAGAGAAAACUUGAGGAGGAACAGGAGCUAGAGAGGCAACUAAAUGCAAAAGAAGCUUCCCUGCCAAAGGAACCACAAGCAGACGAAGAGAAUGCUAUUACCCUUCUAGUCAGGAUGCCUGAUGGAACUCGACAUGGCCGCCGAUUCCUUAGAUCCGAUAAACUCCAAUCUCUUUUCGAUUUCAUAGACAUUGCCAGAGUGGUGAAACCCAGGACUUACCGACUGGUGAGGCCUUACCCCCGGCAUGCGUUUGGGGAUGGAGAAAGUGAGUCGACUUUGAAGGAUCUUGGAUUGAGCAGCAAGCAAGAAGCAUUGUUUCUUGAGCUUAUCUGAGCAAAAUGUUUAAUCUCUUAAAAUAUAUAUCAGACUUUCUGCUUAGAACCUCUUUUAAUUUUUAAGUUAUGUGGUUUAUCUUUCUUUCGAAACAAGAACAAAAUAUAUUUGUUGAGAGGGAUUAUAAGUUUUCAAACAAAUACGUCGUCAGUCGUCGUAUAUGCCUUGCAUUGUCUGCACAAAGAACAUGCCAACGCAGAGUAACUUGUAAGAGAGAUGUUGAAGUAUUGCUUGGAAGACUCCAUCAGAAUUCCGGUUUGACAAUUGAACAAUUUAUUUCUGUUUGGUUUGGUAUAGAUACCAGUUUUUUUUAAUUGUAAAACGCUGCCAUAUUUCUCAUUUUUUUUCUUUCGGGUUUGUUACGUGGAGUCCAUUUGCAGAGCGGCC